CUUAGUAGCCUAUCCUCAUUGGAGUAUUUGAAUCUAAGUGGAAACCCAUUUUUGAGCCUAUCAGUAAACAUGAAUGGUCUUAGUAAGCUCCAGGAACUUCGGUUGGAUGAUUGCACAAACCUCGAAAUGAUUCCCGAGCUCCCACCAAGUGUAGAGCUUUUGCGCGCAUGGAAAUGUACUUCAUUGAAAAGAGUACUACUAAACUUACCCGACAUGUUAAAAACAAUUAUACAUGCAGUUUUAUUAUGCGAGAAUUUAGUUGAAAUUCAAAACGUGUUCAAAACGAGACCGUUGAGAAGCGUCGACAUAGAAAUGAUCAAAGAUAUCGGUCUAUUCAAUUUGGAAUCCAUAGGAAGCACUGAAGUUGAAAUGCUCAACUGCUUGACAGACACAAGAAGGAAGGGUCCUCUCCAGGGACUGGAUGAAUGUGGUAUAUUUAGCAUAUUCCUUCAUGGGAGCGAGGUUCCAGUUCCAGAUUGGUUCUGCCACAAGUCGAGCAUGGGUGACUCUGAGCUGUCUAUAACUAUACCUCCACAUCGUAAUUUGAAGAUCCGAGGCCUAAAUGCAUGUGUUGUGUAUGCACAAGAUAAGGUUAAUAAGAGAUUGUAUUACUUGGGCGUUCCCAUUCUUCGCAUCAGUAAUGAGACAAAGGGUCUUAAGUGGACCUAUGUGCCAGUCACAAUAGGGUUGCCAAAAGAGAAGGAACAUAUGUUAUGGCUUAGUCAUUGGCGAUUCACAAACGAUGAAUUGGAGGGUGGGGAUGAAAUACGUGUUUCGGUAGAUAAAAUACGUAGUUCGGUUAGAAUUGAAUUCGAUACGAAGGAAUUUGGAAUCCAGGUUGUGUACGAGCAGAAUAAUAAUGAGGGUAGUGUAACCGAAGAUAUAACCACAAUGUUCCAGCAUGAAACAACUACCCCUUCGAGCCAGAAUCAAGUCGUUGCUGGAGAUGUGUCAGUGUCAGCAUCAAGGUUUCAUAAAAAUAAGGUGGGUGAAUACUUUAUUUGUAAUCAUCGGGCGUUCCCAUUCCUCACAUCAGUAAUGAGACCAAGGGUCUUAAGUGGACCUAUGCGCCAGUCACAAUAGGGUUGCCAAAAGCGAAGGAACAUAUGUUAUGGCUUAGUCAUUGGCGAUUCGCAAACGAUGAAUUGGAGGGUGGGGAUGAAAUACGUGUUUCGGUAGAUAAAAUACGUAGUUCGGUUAGAAUUGAAUUCGAUACGAAGGAAUUUGGAAUCCAGGUUGUGUACGAGCAGAAUAAUAAUGAGGGUAGUGUAAC